AUGAGCUCGCAAGGAGUGACCAGAAAGCGCCCGGCGCCCGGGACAACUCCAGCUGUUCAUCCCCAGAUGAAUCAACAUCCCCAUGGCCUCCCAAACUUUCCGACCGCCGCCAACCCUGGUUCUCAGCUCUCAAACGAUCAAUUCUUACAAUGGGGCCAGAACCCCCCCGCCAAUACCGUCAACGCAUCCGCCCUCUCCGAUAACUCCUACAGUUCUACCGCGUUUCCGCCUUCUUCAGAGGCGUCCGCCCCAGCUGCGACAGCAUCCAACCAACUAGCCCGCCGCCAGACGAAUCAGAAUCAGAUGGUUAGCAGGAAUCGCGGGUACGAACAGCCACCCGCCUCAUACGUGGAGAACGGGGGACCAAAUGGAAAUGGCGAAAGUGGAGCGUGGGGAGAGUCGCUCGAGGAACUUUACCGACGGGCUUUGACUGCGAAGAGAGAUUCGCAGGCAAAGAGGAAGCAAAUCCCACCGUUUGUUCAAAAAUUGAGCAGCUUUCUCGAUGAAUCCAAGAAUACAGAAUUAAUUCGAUGGUCCGAUGAUGGAAAUUCAUUUGUCGUUCUAGACGAAGAUGAGUUUGCUAGAACUUUGAUUCCGGAACUUUUCAAACAUAACAACUAUGCAUCCUUUGUUCGACAGCUCAACAUGUACGGUUUCCACAAAAAAGUUGGGCUCUCCGAUAAUUCAAUGCGCGCCAGCGAGCGAAAAAACAAGAGCCCUAGCGAAUAUGCCAACCCUUAUUUCAAACGAGGCCAUCCUGAUCUGCUCUGGCUCAUCCAGAAGCCAAAGAACGCAGGGAGCGGUCAUGCCAGCAAGCCAAGCAAGGGCGGAACUCGCGUGAAGACAGAAGAUGUUGAUGAUAACGACAUGGACGAGUACGUGGAAGAGGGCGCACCGGCAACCCGUGAUAACCGCGUGCCUCGACCUCAGCAAUUGUCACUGGUGACCGACAACCCAGUGCCAAAUGAACAACUUUCUGGGGUAUACCGCGAACUGCAAGCUAUUCGGCAACAGCAGUCUAUUAUAUCCACCACCAUCACAAGGCUGCGCAAGGAACAUGAGCAGCUUUACUCUCAGGCGGCCAAUUUCCAAGAGCAGCACACUCGUCAUGAGAACUCUAUCAACGCCAUUCUUACAUUCCUCGCAACCGUCUACAAUCGCAGUUUACAGGGGCAGGAUGGCACACAAAAUCUUGCAAACUCCUUUGCAGGUGCUAUUUCUCAAGACCAGGGAAACAUUGUGGAUGUUGGUGAUGAUUAUCUCGGCAACGCCCUGGGAUCUAUGACCAGCCCCAAUGGCCAGAGAGCAAUGAAGAGGCAACAACUUCUUCUGAAGGCUCCGCCCGCUGCAGGCGAUAACCGUGCCACCACGAUCUCGCCAGCAGCCAGUGGCCCCUAUGAAACCAGAUCUCGUGGCCACACUCGGCAACCCAGCGCCAGCCAGCCGGGUCAUGUGGAGGAGGUCUUCGAUCAUAGCCCACAGCUCGGGUCCUCGAAUCUUCCUCAAGGACAAGGCGACGACCGGGUUCCCCAACAGGACAUCAUGUCCGUCAUCCAAAACUCCAACGCGCGCAACGGGCUUGCGACCAACUUUUCCGAGUUCCCGAAUGUGCUCUCUUCCCUUGAAAAUCACGGCGGGAAUGUGCCGCUUACGGCAAACCAGCGUGCCGACAUGCUUCGACUCAUGGCGAACGAAACCGGCUCGGCCGACCAGCCCGCUGGUGUGGCACCUAACAACGCGCUGAUUUCACCGAACCCACCCCCAAUGCCCCACAACUACUCAGGCCGACUAGCCAGCACGCGACAAGAGAUCGACAAUCUUGUCAAAAUGCAAGCCGAACAAGAUCGGUCCGUCCAGAACUUGACCAGUCUCCUCCAACCGCUCAGCCCCAACGGCACCAUCCCCGGCAUCGACCAGGAUGGCAACGUGCCCCCUCCCCCUCUUGACCUCGACACGAUUUUCAACAAUGAUUACUUCACCGACAUUGCCGAUACAGGCUCCGGGAUCAAAAAGCAAGAAGACCCCUUGAGCCAGCUGGGACAAGCCCCAGGGGACGAAGGAGACACCAACGACCUCUUCGACUUCGACCACAUCCCCAACGAACCCGAUCUCUUCGAAAAUCCCCACGGACAAGCCGACCCAGCCUACAACUACGGCUUCGACGGGACCGGCUACGAUGACACUGGGCGAGUCGUCGAGCAGCUAACAGACAGCGAAGCCACCAGCCCCGCAGCACCAGAACCCCACGGCGAGCCCAACGACGGCGGCAGUGCCUCAAAACGGCGCAGAAAGGUCUGA